AUGUCAGAACACCAGUCAAAAAGAAUAAAGAUGUCGAACUCACUGGAACAACUUAAGGCUCUUACAACUGUGGUUGCCGAUACCGGUGACUUUGAAGCUAUGAAGCAAUACAAGCCUACAGAUGCCACUACAAACCCGUCUCUAAUUUUGGCAGCUGCCAGUUUACCUCAGUACAAAUCGGUCAUUGAUAAAGCCAUCAAUUAUGCAAAAAAAUUAGGAGGAUGCAACACCGAAAAAUUGGAAAAUACCUUGGACAUGAUUUGCGUAUUAUUUGGAGUGGAAAUUUUAAAAGUUAUACCCGGUAGAGUAUCCACGGAAGUAGAUGCAAGAUUGUCAUUUAGUAUAAAGAAAAGUGUCGAAAAGGCUAAGAAAAUUAUUCAGUUAUAUGAAGAGCAGGGCAUUUCCAAGGAAAGGAUUUUAAUAAAAAUGGCAUCUACAUGGGAGGGAAUACAAGCAGCCAGAGAAUUAGAAACGAAAUACGGCAUUCACUGCAACCUAACCUUGCUUUUCAACUUCGCACAAGCAGUGGCGUGCGCCGAAGCCGGGGUUACUCUAAUUUCGCCUUUCGUGGGACGCAUCUUGGACUGGUACGUCGCUAAUACGGAUAAAAAAAGUUAUGGGGGAGAAGAAGAUCCGGGGGUAAUCUCCGUUACGAAAAUUUACAAUUAUUAUAAGAAAUUCGGUUACAAAACCGUCGUUAUGGGAGCUUCUUUUCGUAACGUUGGUGAAAUAAGAGCGUUGGCGGGUUGCGAUCUUUUGACGAUCAGUCCAAAAUUGUUAGGCGAACUUGAAGCAAGCAAAGAAAAUGUUCCGAUUAAAUUGAGCGUGGAAACAGCGAAACAGCAACCUUUAGAAAAAAUCACUUUAGACGAAUCGACAUUCAGAUGGAUGCUUAACGAAGAUCAAAUGGCUACGGAUAAAUUAUCAGACGGUAUCAGAAAGUUCGCCGCCGAUUGUAUUAAAUUGGAAAAUACGUUGAAACCGUUGGUAAUUGGCCAAUGA